CUUAGGUUAUUGUUUUGCUUUUCACAAAUACAUUACUUUCACUCCUGUGAUUCUUUGAAGUAGCUGCUGGAGAACAGUGUGAGGUUUGCACAGCCAAAUGAAUGAAGAACAGUAUCCAGAUGAUUCAGAUAACAAUUACUCAUAUGAAUAUUCCAUUAAUGAAAGCAAUAUCUGCGAAAUGGGUAACUAUUUUGUGUUUUAUACCCAUUUCACUACUGUUAUCUACACUCUGGCAUUUUUUCUUAGCCUGCUGGGAAAUACUCUGGUGUUAUGGAUCCUAUUCAAAUAUGAAAACCUUGUGUCUUUAACAAACAUCUUCAUCAUGAAUCUCUGUGUCUCUGACUUGAUAUUCUCCUGCAUGCUGCCUUUCUGGGUAGUGGACCAGUCCUUCGGGUGGAUUUUUGGUGAGUUCCUUUGCAAAGCAAUGAAUGCCAUUUUCUCCAUUGGCUACUACAGUGGUGUUUUCUUUUUGACUCUCAUGACUAUUCUACGGUACUUGUCCGUUGUGAACCCUCUUUCCACUUUGAGAUCACCGACACAAUGCUGUGGUUCUCUGGUGAGCUUGGUUGUUUGGACUUGUAGCAUUUUAAUUGUGGUUCCUGAGGUGAUUCACACCACAGUGCAAGAAGACGUGGAUGGGUACAAGACCUGUGAUUACAAUGACUGGAAAUGGAAAAAGGUGGAUGUUUAUCAGAGAAAUGUACUCUUCCUGUUUUCCUUUGGGGUUAUUAUAUUCUGUUACUUCAGAAUACUGAUAAUUCUGCUAGGAACAAGAUCUCGCAGAAAGCACAGAACUGUGAAACUCAUCCUUAUUAUUGUGAUGGCUUUCUUCCUGAGCUGGGCACCUUACAACAUCCUCAGUUUUAUGAUUACUUUUCCACCAUCUACCUGUCAGUAUGAAAAAGACACCGCCCUUGCUUUUCACAUCAGCCGUAAAAUUGCUUUCUCACACUGCUGCCUCAACCCUGUGCUUUAUGUAUUUGUUGGAGUCAAAUUCAAGAGACAUUUGAUACGUCUAUGCAGCCAGUGCUUACCUUGUGGCAACAGUCAAGUUUCCAGCCCCAGGAUCUGUUCUCAAGGCAAAUUUCACUAUGAAGAUGCAUCCAUCUACUGAAGGGAUACCUAACUAUGAGCACUUAUCCUGGAUAAACUUUAAGAUUUUAAAAGCUGUGGAUGAUCUCUAAUACUUAAAGUCACUUCCUUGAGAAAGCAACAUAAAUCUACUCAUUGCAAACAUAGUGUGGUGGGAUGGAGAAGUGACUUCAUUGGUGUGUAAGUCUUUAUGCUUUUUUUGCACUGUGAGAUGGAUUUUCUCUUAUUUACAUUUUUUUUUUUUUAAAAAAAAAAAAAAGUUUGCUUUUUCCUUUGGGAGUUAAACAUCAGGUCUUAACAUGAAUGGUGGUGCACAUUGCUUUCUUGCCUACCAUAAAAUACUUAUUAUAGCAAUGGACAUGUAAGGAUUUCUGUGGCUUUUAAUGCUUCACAGUGUUUGUCAUUGCUGAACUCACUGGUUCUCUCUGUGUGUAAAUGUUAUUUUACCUAUUGAUAGGCAAAUGUAUAUAAAACUAGCUUAGUGUAUAGAUUUCACUAACCAGUAGUUUGACAAUGGUUUUAAGUAACAAUUCAGCUUUUUUGGCAGCCAUCUUAGCUGACAAGAGAUUCUUCUCAGCUUUCAUAUAGUUUAUAAAAAUCAGAAACUCGGGAAUACCCAUAGUAUGAUAUCCUGUAUCAGAACCAUCUGGAAGCCAAAAUGCCUAGGGAAGAGUAAAUGAGGCAAACAUACAUGAUGCAUCCAAAUAGUCUUCAUAGGGUUUGCCCACAGUUUCUAAUUUGUGCUUCAGUUUAGCUGCCAGAACAAAUUGAUCACAUCUUGUCCCUUAUCAUCAGAUGUGCCUCUCUGAACAGGUCAAUAGUAUCCCAAUACUACUAUAAUUGCCUAAAACUUAAAAAGUAAAAAUAAGGUUAUUCAUUAAUCCCAUAGGGAACUCACUUGUGUCCAAACCAUGGAAGGGUGGAAGUUGCCAUUCAUCUGGUCGGAGUGGCGACCAGACUUUGGCUCUUGCCUUCUGAUAAGGGAUAAGAGACACUUGAAAUGAAUAUGAUUGUUUUUACUCACUUCAAAAGACUUUGGACCAGAACUCAGUAUCUUCAGCUUUGAAGAGACAGUCUACUGAAGGACAAAGGGUUCCGCAUUUUUCUUCUGUGUUUGUAAACCUGGAGUUCUUCUUGGAUACCAAGAAGCAAAACUCUGAGGGGGAAAUGCUGCAGCAGUGAGUGGAAGAAGGUCUUACGCACUUAGAUCAUUUCGACAAAUUGUCAUUCAACUCAUUGUCUUAGAGCUACACUAAUCUCAAUUUUUUUACUGUCAGUACUUUUCAUACUUAGCUAAAAAAGUCAAGAAUUAUAACUGAAGCACAAGAUAUUUAAACAGUCCUGCUCUGCUCAGUGUUUAACAAGUUAGUUAAAUCUGUUUGUAGCUUGAGCAUAUUUUGUAACAGUAUAUCUGAGCAUGUAAAGGGAAUGCUGUAUAUUAUCCAAUUGUAAUGCUGCCUACUGCUGCCAAAGUAACCCAGCAUGUAAAGAGUUCCUCUCCUGAUAUAAUGAAGUGGUACUAAUAAACAGUCUGAAAUUCAAUAGAAUAUUACACUGUUACCUUUGUUCUCUGCCUUUGGUAACUACCUAUUAAAUUUGAGGUAUUUUCAAUUGAAAAAA